CGGUUGCAACCACAAUGAUUUAUGCAGAUGAUACUAAAACUUCUGAUUGUGCUUCGUGUGUAUCAGCUGACACCCUAAUUACCACUUGUACCCAGUCUACUACGGACAACAUCAAGAAUGUGCAAAAAGACCUUCUCCUAAAAUGUACAUGUCAACAGAAAUUCAUUGAUGGAUAUGCAAGCUGCUUUAAGUGUCCAGCGGCAGUUGAAAAGUUGGCUAAUUCACCUUCUGUCGAUG